GAGCGUGCCAAGUUCCAGCCCGACGCGAGCUCGGCCUGGAGCGUCCCGGGUCGUGCCCGAGGCCCGGGUGGGGCGGGCGGCCGCACCCAGGGCGGAUAAAAGGGCUGCGCGGCGCGGCGCGGCGCGGGACCCGCUUUCUCCACGCCGGGCCUGCGGCGCGGCUCGCGGGCGGGCACCUGACGCCGGAGGCAGGCGCGCGAGGCCCUGGGCAACCGCGGGCAGGGGCAUGGCAGAGGUGGCGCGCGCGCCGGCCGCCCGGCCGAGCCUGACCUCCAUCUCGUCGGGGGAGCUGCGCAGCCUGUGGACGUGCGACUGCGAGCUGGCCCUGCUGCCGCUGGCCCAGCUGCUGCGCCUGCAGCCCGGCGCCUUCCAGCUGCGCGGCGACCAGCUCGUGGUGUCCGGCCCCGGGGGACCCGCGGCGGCGUGCGGCGGCUUCAACGCCUUCGGCGACGGCCGCGUGCGCCUCGACGGGCAGCUCUACCGCCUCAGCAGCUACAUCAAGAGAUAUGUGGAACUGACCAACUACUGCGAUUAUAAAGACUACAGGGAAACUAUACUGAGCAAACCAAUGCUGUUCUUUGUUAAUGUACAGACCAAAAAAGACACCUCCAAAGAAAGAACAUACGCAUUUCUUGUGAACACAAGGCACCCCAAAAUAAGAAGACAGAUAGAGCAAGGGAUGGACAUGGUCAUCUCCUCGGUGAUUGGAGAAAGCUACCAGCUUCAGUUUGACUUUCAAGAAGCAGUAAAAAAUUUUUUCCCUCCAGGAAAUGAGGUGGUUAACAGAGAAAAUUUGAGCUUUGUGUAUGAAUUCAAAGCUGAUGCAUUAUUUGAUUUCUUCUAUUGGUUUGGGCUCAGCAAUUCCACUGUAAAGGUGAAAGGAAAAGUUCUGAAUUUGUCAAGUACAAGUCCAGAAAAGAAGGAGACAAUUAAAUUAUUUCUGGAAAAAAUGAGUGAACCUUUAAUCCGAAGGAGCAGUUUCUCUGACCGAAAAUUCAGUGUAACUUCCAGAGGUUCGUUAGAUGAAGUUUUCAACUGCAAUCGGUCACCCAGAUCGUCUCUGACUGAGGUUCUUUUGGCAGAAUUGCCGUUUCCAAGCGUUCUGGAAUCCGAAGAGACACCCGACCAAUUUAUCUGAUUGGAUUGAACAUGUUAUGGUCACUGCUAUCUGCCAGGCGGGCCUGUUGGAGGACAGAAGGCUGAGGGGAGGCGAGAGGCUGUGGGAGGCAGGCACUUCCACCUGCUUGUCAACCCCUCUGCUCCCACAGAGGGCUCCUGUCUUCCAUUUCCUGGGCCACGCCCUGGCAGGCCCGAUGCAGCUGACCAGACAGGGAGGGCUUUGGCCCGAUGGCCUCUCCUUGUAACACUUCUCCAGAGAGGCCGAGGGAGCAGCAGAGUCCUGCCAGGCUGAACGCUUUGCUUAGUAUCCUGGGGUCCUGGGAGCUCACCUGGCAGCCUUUGAGCGUUCACGGUCCAUACUGCAUAAGUCAGCGGCCCUCUGCUUGGGACCUCCUUGUCUGAACCCAAAUCCAGCAAGCAGGUGGUUAGCAGUGCUGUUUUCUUGCAAACGUGGCUUACGAAAAGCCUAGGACAUUUUUCACUGCAAGACAGGUAGGUUUCUCAUCCUUAGGAGGAACAUUCUUGUAAGGGGUGCCAGAGGAUUGGCCAGGUUGAGAGGCCAGUGACCUUGCCACCCACUGCCUGAAAUUUGAGCUGCCUUGCUGAUCUCUCUCAUCAAAGUGGCCUGCGUGGGAAGUGGCCAGGUGAUGUGGUACCAAACAGUGACAGGGGAAGGAUAAUGUACAGGGCAGGAUCCUCUAUUUGGAAACACAUUAAGUCAGUUGGGUACUUUAAAUAAGUUUUAAGCCAUCCUAACACUAAAAGCAAAAUAGAAGAAAGCUAUAACAUCACCAUAAUACACUGUUACAUCAAUACAUUUUUCAUCUCAUAGCUACAAUGGAAUUCUUCAAAAAGAAAAAAAUUCUAUUUAUAUAUAAAAACCUGCAUGAACGAGUCACUACAUAUGCUUAUAAUGAGGAAGAUUUAUGGGUCCUGAGUAUAAUUUUUCUAUCCUUUUUAAACAAUUUCCUGUAUUAUACAUUUUGAGAGCACUACUGAUUGUCCCUUCAUUUAUAUUGAUAUGUUGGGUACUCUACUUGCGCAAUUAAAACUUCUUAACAUUCAACAUGGAAUCAAUUAAA